AUGGGUGACAAGUCCAAGAAGCUUGGGAAAUGGAGCCGCUUGUUCGGUAUAGGUGAGGAUGAACAGCUGGCUUCAAGUGUCCUGUCCAAACAAGCGUCUAAAGCCGAGGAAACUCAAGGUCCCCAGAGUCGUCUGGUUACACCUAACCAGCACACCUCCCACUCACACCCGCUGACGCCUUCGCUGGUGCUGCUGGCAGACACCAAACCUUAUGAUCCACAAGGAGUGACCAGAUCGAAUAUCAACCUGGCUCCUGUUCUGCGUUCCGGCUCUACAAAGAAACAAUUGCUGCGGGCUCUGCUGACAAAAUCGCCUUCCGUCGUUGAGGCGCCUCGCUUCAAGAUGCUAGAAAAUGGUAACCAUGAACAUCAUUUGAGGGCUGUCAAACGCCAAGAGAAAAUAUCCAGCCUUUUAAAAGAUUUGCUAGGGGCUAAAAAAUUAAGAGAUGAGGCAAAACUGGCGGUGUCCUUUGAUGUACCUCAACAAGUGGCUCCGAAUCAAGUCGGGAAAGCAAAGCCGCCAACUUUAGUGCUGGGCCUUGUCAACUACCUCAAUCAACACCCUCAAGGUUUGACCUCGACAACUCAAACUGCUGAGUUGAAACUGGCGCUUCCUUUACUCGCCGAUGAUCAUCGUCUGUUCUCUGAAAAAUACGGGAGAUGCCAAGAGGUCGUUGGCAAGGGACUGUACGGUGUCGUUAGAUUGUCUCACAAGGAUGAUGAGGUUUUUGCAGUCAAAGAAUUCAAGCGUCGGGCACAAGAGUCCCCCGAAAAAUAUCAAAAGCGACUCACUGCUGAAUUCCUGAUAAUGGCUCUGCUCAAGAAUCUCAAUGUCAUCAAAACCUAUGAUUUACUCAAAGAUGCAAAAGGUGACUUUUGUGAGGUGAUGGAAUAUUGCGCUGGUGGUGACCUUUUUCUGUUGAUUAUAGCAGCGGGGCGAUUGGAGUAUGCUGAGGCUGAUUGUUUCUUCAAGCAACUCAUACGCGGUGUCAACUAUAUCCACAAGAUGGGAGUUGCCCAUCGCGACUUGAAGCCUGAAAACUUGAUUCUCACGCAAAGUGGUGUGCUUAAGAUCACCGAUUUCGGCAACCUGGAAUGUUUCAAGAUGGCUUGGGAGGAUGAAGUUCAUAUGCUGGUUGGUGUAUGUGGUUCGCUGCCAUAUAUCGCUCCUGAGGAAUUUACUCAAGAAGAGUUUGAUCCCCGAAUGGUCGAUAUUUGGGCUUGCGGUGUGAUAUACAUGGCGAUGCGAACUGGUCGGCAAUUAUGGAAGUUGGCUGAUGCUAAGGCUGAUGGUUUCUAUGCUGAAUAUCUUGAGAAGAGGAAACAGGAAGGUGGUUAUGAACCUAUCGAGCUGUUGAAGCGAGCCCGUUGUCGAAAUGUUAUAUACUCAGUCUUGGAUCCGAAACCAGAAAGACGUAUAACAGGGCCACAAAUUUUACAACUGGAAUGGGGCCGCGAAAUUAAAGUGUGUGCAGCGGGAGACGGAAUCGAUCCCUAUUAG